CAGAAGAGGAAGUUAUAAAAAUUAAAAGAUUUGGGCAGCGGCAGACCGCAACAAUGAAGAUGCAAGUCCAUAAUGUGUUCUUAUUUUUGAUUUUAUACAUUUGCGUUCAAAAUGUCGACAGCGAAUGUCCAAAUGGUUACUGGGGAACUGAGUGUAAGGAAGAGUGUGAGGUUAACUGUGGAUAUAAAUGUGAUCAGUCAACUGGAGUAUGUAGUUACUGUACAAACGGCUUUUGGGGGGACUAUUGUCAAAAUAAGUGUCUGGGAAACUGCAGCUCUUAUGGAUGCAAUAAACGUGCUGGAAGUUGUUACUCUUGUCCUGAUGGUUUGUAUGGUACAACGUGCAAAAAUACGUGUAUUACAAACUGCAAAAAAUGCCGUAUGACGACCGGCGUAUGUACAACAUGUAAUGUUGGUUGGUUGGGAGAAAACUGUAACUACACAUGCGGUCCAAACUGCAAAUUGUGUGACAAAUUAACAGGUGUGUGUGAGAUAUGUAAAAACGGAUACUGGAAUAUUUCUUGUGACGAAACAUGUUCGGAGACGAAUUGUGAAAUGUGUAGUAUCACAUCAGGAGAAUGUCAGACGUGUAAAGCAGGAUUUUGGGGAGAAAACUGUCAGAAAACUUGUGGAAACUGUAUGUCAGAUAAGUGUGGAAGAAUUGAUGGACGAUGUAAAUCCUGUCAAUCAGGAUUUGCUGGACUUAACUGCUCAAUCCUUUGUAAUGCUGAUAAUUGCAGAUCGUCCUCGUGUAGUGUAAAUUAUAGGUGCUAUGCAUGUCAGUCUGGAUACUGGGGAACCUUUUGUGAACAGAAAUGCAGUCAAAAUUGUUCAUCAAGCUGUAAUAAAAGCAAUGGAAAUUGUAGCAGCUGCACUUCCGGUCUCUGGGGAGAUAAUUGUAACAAAACAUGCAUGUACAAUAAUUGUUCCUCAUCAAGUUGUAUUAGAUCAAACGGACAGUGUAGUACUUGCAAUACUGGACUUUGGAGCUUAUUGUGUAAUGAAACCUGUAGCCAUGGUUGUUCGUCUUCGGACUGUAAUAGGAACGACGGAAAGUGUAGCAGAUGCAAGAAUGGACUUUGGGGCGAAUUUUGUCAGAAUACUUGCGGUCAAGGUUGUUCUUAUUCAACGUGUAGAAAAAGUGAUGGAUAUUGUAGUUCCUGUAAAAGCGGAUACUGGGGAGACAUUUGUAACCAAACAUGCAGCAGAGGUUAUUCAUCAGAUUGUGCUAAAAGUUAUGGAAAGUGUAGUAGUUGCAUUGCCGGACUAUGGGGAGAUAAUUGUAACAAUACCUGCAUGUAUUACUGUUCCUCUUCAAGCUGUAUUAGAUCAAAUGGUCAAUGUAGUACUUGCAACUCUGGGCUUUGUGGUUUAUUUUGUAAUGAAACAUCUAGUCAUAAUUGUUCGUCCUUGGACUGUAAUAGGAACGAUGGAAAGUGUAUCAGAUGCAGGAAUGGGCUUUGGGGCGAUUUUUGUCAUAACACUUGCGGUCAAGGUUGUUCCUAUUCAACGUGUAGAAAAAGUGAUGGAUAUUGCAGUAAUUGCAAACGCAGAUAUUGGGGAGCCAUUUGUAACAAGACAUGCAGCCAAGAUUGUUCAACCUGUAACAAAGAAACUGGUUUAUGCAUUGCAUGCAAUCCUGGAUUGUGGGGUCUAUCAUGCGAAAAAGAAUGUAAUCAGUCGUGUUCCUCUUCUGAAUGCUAUAUUGCGUCCGGCGAAUGUAAGAAUUGCAAGUUGAAUAGAUGGGGAAAGUUUUGUGAAAAUAUAUGCAGCAAAAAUUGUUCUUGGGGUUGUCACAGACAAACUGGCCAUUGCUUAAUUUGUGGAAACAGAUAUUGGGGUCAGGAUUGUUCAUACAUGUGCAACAACUCAAAAUGUGAACAGUGCUCUAUUACGAAUGGGUUCUGUACUUUGUGUCAACCUGGAUUUUGGGGUGAAGACUGUCAGUCUACAUGUAAGUCUGAUCAAUGUCUUCAAUGCUACAGAGACACUGGUUUUUGCAGUGCAUGUCCGCCAGGUCGAUGGGGAUCACUUUGUCAAAACACAUGCCUGGAUGAGUGUCGUUGUUGCAGCAUCAAUACUGGAUCUUGCUCAUUGUCAUGUCCUGAUAUUUUAGAUGCUGGCAGUUUAGCACAAAAGGAUACACCAGCUGUCACAAUUAUUGUCGUUACGGUCAUCUGCAUUGCUGUUAAUGCUGUUGCCUUUGGAUUAAAUGGUGUUAUUAGACACAUAUUAAGACGACGGAAAUAUAGAAAGGAACAGAACGGAGCAAAAAGUAAAAAUGGUUAUGCUGCUAAAAGGUGUUCAGUGUACCGUGGAGAAUUACCCUGUUAUCUGUCUGAACUUUUUCCAAAUACCGUUUUAGAAGCAAAUACAUACAAUUUGAGAAACAAUUCUGACUAUGCUACUAUGGCACGCCGGCUUGAAAUCUAUGCUAAAUCUACAAUACCUUCAUCUAUCAAACUUUGGAACAAUUUGGACACUCAUUCUCGUACUGUAGACUCCUUAUCAGCUUUUAAACGUAAUCUAAAAGAAAAAUUUAAACCCCCAAUAGUUCCCCCAUUCUUCAUUUCUGGUGAAAGAUUUUCACAGGUCCAUCAUGCAAGAAUACUUAAAUAUGCCGACAGCGCAUGUCCCAGAGGUUACUGGGGAACUGACUGUAAGGAAGUGUGUGAGGUAAAUUGCAAUUCGUGUGAUGAGGCAACUGGUGUAUGCGGUUCUUGUAGAACCGGCUUUUGGGGUGACUACUGUAAUAGAAAUUGUCCAGAAAACUGUAGCUCUUCUUCAUGCCGUAAAUAUGACGGAAGUUGUUACUCAUGUCCUGAUGGUUGGUAUGGAACAACGUGCAACAAUGCGUGUAAUAUAAAUUGCAGGAACUGUCAUAAAACGACUGGCGAAUGCACAAUAUGUCAUAUUGGAAGGUGGGGAGAAUUCUGUAACUUCACAUGCGCUCCAAACUGCAAAAUAUGUGACAAAUUAGCAGGUGGGUGUGAGACAUGUAAAAACGGAUACUGGAAUAUUUCUUGUGACAAAAGAUGUUCUGCGUCGAAUUGUGAUAUUUGUAGUAUCACAUCAGGAGAAUGUCAGACGUGUAAAUCGGGUUUUUGGGGAGAAAACUGUCAGAAAAAUUGUGGAAAGUGUAAGUCAGAUAAGUGCAGUAAAAUUGAUGGACGAUGCACAUCAUGUCCAUCUGGAUAUGCUGGUCAUUACUGCACUAUACAAUGUAGUGUUUAUAAUUGCAGCUCGUACUCAUGUAGUAUAAAUUAUAGGUGUUAUGCAUGUAAAUCUGGAUACUGGGGUGACUUUUGUGAACAUAAAUGCAGUCAAAACUGUUUAUCAAGUUGUAAAAAAAGCGAUGGAAAUUGUAGCAGCUGCACUUCCGGUCUCUGGGGAGCUAAUUGUGACAAGAUAUGCAGCAAAAGUUGCUCAUCAAGCUGUGAUAAAAGCAGUGGAAAUUGUAGCAGCUGCACUUCCGGUCUCUGGGGUGCUAAUUGUGACAAUAAAUGCAUGUACAAUUGUUCCUCUUCAAGCUGUAUUAGAUUAAACGGACAAUGUAGCAGUUGCACAAAUGGACUUUGGGGCGAAUUUUGCCAGAAUAAUUGCGGUCAAGGUUGCUCAUAUACAACGUGUAGAAAAGGUGAUGGAUAUUGCAGUUCUUGCAAAAGCAGAUAUUGGGGUGACAUUUGUAACAAGGCAUGCAGCCAAAAUUGUUCAAGCUGUAGUAAGGAAUCUGGUAUAUGCAUUGCAUGCAAUCCUGGAUUGUGGGGACCAUCAUGCGUAAAUGAAUGUAAUCAGUCGUGUUCCUCUUCUGAAUGUGAUACUGUGUCCGGCGAAUGUAAGAAUUGUAAUUUAAAUAGAUGGGGAAAGUUUUGUGAAAAUAAAUGCAGCGCGUCUUGUUCUUGGGGUUGUCACAGACAAACUGGACAUUGCUUAAUUUGUGGAAACAGAUAUUGGGGUCAGGAUUGUUCUAACAUGUGCAACAGCUCAAGAUGUGAACAAUGCUCUAUAACGAAUGGAUUAUGUACUAUUUGUCAACAUGGAUUUUGGGGUGAAAACUGUCAGUCUACAUGUAACUCUGAUAAAUGUCUUCAAUGCGACAGAGCCACUGGUUAUUGCAGUGCAUGUCCACCAGGUCGAUGGGGAUUACUUUGUCAAAAGUUAUGCAGGGAUGAGUGUCCAUGUUGCAACAUCAAAACCGGAACUUGCACAUUGUCAUGUCCUAGUGUUUCAGAUUCUGGCAAAUUAGCACAAGAUGAGACACAAACUGUCACAAUUAUUGUCGUUGCGGUCAUCUGCAUUGCUAUUAUUGCUGUUGCGUUUGGAUUAAAUGGUGCUAUUAGACACAUAUUAAAACGAAGGAAAUUUACGAAGGAACAGGACGGAGCAAAAGGUUCAAAGGCUUCAACAGAAAUGGGCAACUAUCCAUCCACAUCGACAAUAAAACGAGAUCCAAUGUACAUCAAUGUUACUGAAUCUAAUAUAAGUGAACUACCAUCCACUGAAUCAAGCCUGAGUGAACUACCAUCAGAUCAUGUCUAUGAACGAUUAAGGCAUUGAAGGGUUUGGGUACCUAUUUUUCCAAUAUUGGUCUGAAAAUUGUUACAAUUUUGCAUCAGGCUUCUUAAAAUUGUGAUGGUCAAAUAUUAUACAAAGGUUGUUGUUUUUAAUAAUGGUGUUUCAUCUCAAUCGCUUGUUACCUACGUUUUGUACAAGCUAUGUAAAAUAGUUUGAAAAGGGACAUAACUUUGACGUUACAAUCUAUUGAUUAGUAUAAUGAUAUUAUUUUAAAUUUAUUUGUCAAUUCCUACACUGUCACAUGGUAUGAAUUAGAUAUUCAUAAUUUUAUAUAUAUCGUGUUUGGCAUAUUACUUUAUAACCUACUCAGAAACAAAGUUUACUUGGCAUUCAAAACUCUAACAAAAGUUUCCAAAAGAACUCGUAUUUCUGUAAAAUUGCUUUCUUAGUUUGAAAUUAAACAUGUCAUUUAAACAAUAUCAGUAAGCUUGUUAAAACAGGUAGAUAACAGACACAAGUUAGCACUUUUACUAUACAACGUUACAUUUUUGUAAUUCGCUUGGAGCAGAAAACCAAUACAAAAGUUUAAUUGGAUUAACAUUACAAACAUGCUUAUUCUGGUAAAUUACAUAAUUUUAUGCUUAAGAAUUCUGGGGUUUUUUUAUUUGCG